AUGAAGUGGACCGCUACCGCCCUUGGCCUUGCUGCCACCGUCGCCGCUGUUCCCCAGGGCGCUGCCUCCGGCCUCAAGCCCGAUGGCGCUGCUCCCCAGGGCUGCACUGGCAACUAUAACGGCAAGUUUGAAGUCAGCAUCUUCAAGCUCGGCGCCAGCAAGCGCUCCAUCGAGAAGCGUGACUGCUCCGGUGACAACUCGCUCGUCCUCGACCUCAAGGAUGGUGUCCUAACCGACAGCAAGGGACGCAUUGGCUCCAUCGUCGCCAACUACCAGUUCCAGUUUGAUGGCCCUCCCGCCCAGGCUGGUGCCAUCUACACUGCCGGCUUCUCCACCUGCCAGAACGGCUCCCUGGCUAUCGGCCCCUCUACCGUCUUCUACCAGUGCCGCUCCGGUGACUUCUACAACCUCUACGACCGCCACUGGGCUGAGCAGUGCGAGGCCAUCGAGAUUGUCGCCAUGCCGUGCAGCGCUCAGAAGAGCAACGGUGGCAGUCCCAUGCAGUCGCCCGUCGCCACCAGUAUGGCUGUCACCACCGUCGUCGCUGCCCUUUCCGAUGGUCAGCCCCAGGUCGUGACCACCACCGUUCCCGUCCCCAUGUGCCAGAUUGGUGAUGGUCAGGUCCAGGCGCACAGCACCCCUUGCAACCAGGCCCCCGGCGCCCCCGUCUCCCAGAUCUCCGACGGCCAGAUUCAGGCCCCCAGCAACCUGCCUCCCGUUUCCCAGAUCUCUGAUGGUCAGAUUCAGGCUCCCGCGUCCACUGGCGCUCCCGUUUCUCAGAUCUCGGACGGCCAGGUCCAGGCUCCCUCUGCCACCAGCGGUGCUCCUGUCACCCAGAUCUCGGACGGACAGAUCCAGGCUCCCUCUGCUACCGGCGGUGCUCCCAUCUCCGACGGCCAGGUUCAGGCUCCCACCGCCACCUCCACUGUCCCCGUCGCUGCCGGUGCUAAGGUCAUUCCUGGCCUUGCCGCUGCUGGUCUUGCUGCUGCUCUCUUCCUGUAA